UGGGCGUGUGCAGCCUGAGCGCGGUGCUUUGCGGCAGGACGGAUAGCAGAUGUCAGAUGUCUGCGCGCAUCGAUCGGCUCUCUGUUGUUGCAGCGUCAUCCUGUUUGAAUGAAGUUCAGACUGAGAAGCAGCCAACUCUUCACUGCGUGGACUGAAAACAGGCAACAACAUUAAAAAACAAGAGUUGAGGGAGUAAAAAGGUUGCCAAACAUGCCGGUGUUUACAGUAAAUGUGAAAUGGGGCAAAGAGAAGUUUGAUGCAGUGGAGUUGAACACUGAGGAGCCACCCAUGGUGUUCAAGGCUCAGCUCUUCGCCCUGACGGGAGUUCAGCCUGACAGGCAGAAGGUCAUGGUGAAGGGAGGCACUCUGAAGGAUGAUGAGUGGGGGAACAUUAAGCUGAAAAAUGGAAUGACUCUGCUGAUGAUGGGCUCAGCAGAAGCCCUGCCAGAGGAACCUGCUGUUCGGCCCAUGUUUGUGGAGGACAUGACUGAGGAGCAGCUGGCUUCAGCGAUGGAGCUGCCUUGUGGGCUGACAAACCUGGGCAACACCUGUUACAUGAAUGCCACAGUGCAGUGUCUGCGCUCUGUGCCGGAGCUCAAGACUGCACUCAGAAGGUAUACAGGUGCUCUGCGAUCUUCAGGGGCUAACGCACCAUCACAAUACAUCACCGCAGCCCUUCGUGACUUGUAUGAGACCAUGGAAAAGACCUCAUCUAGCCUGCCACCCAUUAUUUUGCUGCAGUUCCUUCACAUGGCCUUUCCACAGUUUGCUGAGAAGGGGGACCAGGGCCAGUACCUCCAGCAGGAUGCCAACGAGUGCUGGCUGCAGAUGAUGAGGGUGCUUCAGCAAAAGUUGGAGCCAUUAGAGCCAGAGACUUCCAUGGAGACCGAGUCUGAGAGCGGAGCUGCCUCUGCUUCUACAAAGAAGAACUUAAUCGAUCAGUAUUUCGGCGUAGAAUUCGAAACUGCCAUGAAAUGCACAGAGGCUGAGGAGGAGGAGCCAAUCAAGGGCAAGGAAAACCAGCUCCAGCUCAGUUGCUUCAUCAACCAAGAAGUCAAAUACCUUGCAACAGGACUAAGACUGAGACUGCAAGAAGAGAUCACAAAAAUGUCUCCAUCCUUGGAAAGAAACGCCCUGUAUAUCAAAUCUUCAAAACUCAGCCGUCUGCCUGCCUACUUGACCGUUCAAAUGGUCCGAUUUUUCUACAAAGAGAAGGAGUCUGUCAAUGCAAAAGUCCUUAAGGACGUCAAGUUCCCACUCAUGCUGGACGUCUAUGAGCUUUGCACCGCGGAGCUCCAGGAGAAAAUGCUGCCAAUCAGGUCAAAGUUCAAGGAGCUUGAGGACAAGAAUCUAGAGGAACAGCAGAAAAAGGUGGUGAAGAAGCCAAAUGCAGCGAAAGUGAAAUACGAGCCUUUCUCAUUCCCUGAUGACCUCGGCUCCAACAACAGCGGCUACUACGACCUGCAGGCUGUGUUGACCCACCAAGGCCGCUCCAGCUCUUCAGGUCACUACGUGGGAUGGGUCAAGAGGAAAGAAGAUGAGUGGGUGAAGUUUGACGACGACAAGGUGAGUCUGGUGUCUCCGGAGGACAUCCUGCGACUGUCCGGCGGCGGGGACUGGCAUAUAGCAUACGUUCUACUGUACGGCCCGCGGCGGCUGGAAAUACUUGAAGAGGAUCAGUAGCUGUGGAAGAUUGCCUAGACAACAAAGACGACAUACAUACAAAAUGCCAUUUCCAAGCACUGUCUGCAUAGAUGUGCAAUAAAACUGGUGUCUUUAAAGAUUUGAUGACCUUAAUUUCUCUUUCUGUUUUGUUUUUUGUAACCAACACGGAUGCUUGUAAAACAAAUUCUGUCAAAUGGUGUUAAAUAUUCAACUAUAGUGGGCUUUGAAAAUGGAGGAAUGACGAGAGGGCAAUCUCUGGACCGGAAUCCUUUUGAAAGAGGACUUUGAGUCCAGCUCUGCAGUUUCAUUAAAUGUUUUAUACACAUUGUAUAUUUUUUAAAGCCUUCGAUAAGGUGCUCAUAUCAUACAGGCAAAAAUAUUUCUCUUCAGUCAUUUAAUCAACUUGUACAAAAAAAAAAAUGCCUAGCCAAGCUGUUGUCCUUGACAUUCUGGCUUGUAUCCUUCUCAGAUGUAUUAUGGAGAGUUUUCACUAACACUGUAAAGACUUGCCCUUGUUCACCUGUUGGCCCUCUGGGAAACUCGGGUUCAAUCUCAGGUCUUUUCUUAAGUGCUUGGCUCGCAUCAUCUCCUGGAAUUGUUCUGAAACGUACUGACAGAUGAGGUUCUUUCUGCCAAAUCUUCACUAAUGCUUUUCUUUUGGGGGUCGGGGAAGUGGUCAAGAACAGGUUGUCCUUGUGAUGAACUGUGUGUGUGUUUAAAUAAAGACUUGAGAUUCAACCAUGAUGGUUUACUAAACGAGCAUUGUUCUUGCUGACCCUGAUUUCAGACAUCUGUGCUUCACUUUGUUACAGAACACCCUGCCACAAUGUGUUAGACCUAACCAUCGACUCUCUGUAAUAAGUUAUUGACUGAUUGCUUUUCAUAGGUGAUGAAAAUAAACUGUUGUACCAAAA